AGAGGGGACACUUCAAGUUGUGACUUGGCCAAGCUGAAGCCAGGGAAUCCAGAGGGGAGGGCGCCAAGUUGAAGAGCUCAAUGGCGGCCACUGCAGCUGUUCUGAGGGUACCCACCUCCGCUGUUGCCACAUCUCUGCAGAACACUGUGCGAUCCUCCGACGUUCUGCAGCAGACCAUCACACCACCCUUUGGCAGCAUUGUGCUUUCUUCCAGGAUCCAGCAACUGAACACCUUAACACAAAGCAGUUCCUUUGUGGGUGAUAAACCUUCUGAAAAUCGCAUGGCGGGUUGUGCUAGAGCGGUUGCCACCACGGAGGGGCUUUCUGCAGCGGCAGAAGGGAGGGGCGAUGAGACGGACAGCAAUGGGGCGUUGGAUGGGACGCAGUUCUUGCGGCCGCACUUGCUGAGCCUGGCGCCAUACACUCCGAUAGAGCCGUUUGAGAUCCUGUCUGCUCGCCUCGGUCGGCGGCCGGAAGACAUUGUAAAGCUAGACGCAAACGAGAACCCAUAUGGUCCCCCCCCGGAAGUGUUGGAAGCUUUGGGAAGCAUGCAGUUCCCCAACAUCUACCCCGAUCCCGAGAGUCGGCGGUUGCGGGAAGCCCUGGCGAAAGAUACGGGAGUGGGGGCAGAGCACUUGUUGGUUGGGUGUGGAGCUGACGAGCUGAUCGAUCUCAUCAUGCGGUGUACGCUGGAUCCAGGGGACAAAAUCGUUGAUUGUCCCCCCACCUUCACCAUGUAUGCAUUCGACGCUGACGUCAACAAUGCUGAGGUGGUCACAGUCUCAAGAAAGCCAGACUUCAGUCUGGACGUACCAGGAAUCGUAGAUGCAGUGGAGAAGCACAACCCGAAGAUUGUAUUUCUCACGUCUCCAAACAACCCGGACGGAAGCGUGAUCCGAGAAGAGGACCUCGUGACGAUCCUCAAGCUCCCGGUGUUGGUCGUUCUCGACGAGGCGUACAUCGAGUUUUCGGACGAGCCGUCGCGCGCGGGCUGGGUUCGGACGCACAGCAACCUCAUCGUCUUGCGGACUUUCAGCAAGAGGGCCGGACUUGCUGGGCUGCGCGUCGGCUUCGGCGCUUUCCCCCUGAGUCUGGUCAAGUACCUGUGGCGGGCCAAGCAGCCGUACAACGUGUCGGUAGCAGCGGAAGUCGCCGCAUGCGCUGCGCUCUCAAACAGUGCCUAUCUAGAGGAUGUUAAGAACGCCCUCGUCAAGGAGCGGGAACGGCUCUUCGGCCUCCUCCAAGACGUGCCCUUCCUGAAGCCGUACCCCAGUGCGGCAAACUUCAUUCUGUGUGACGUCAAGGAGACGCACAGCGCAAAGGAGAUCAAGGAUGCCCUUGCGAAGCAAGGGGUGAUGGUCCGUCACUAUCAGAAGCCGCAGCUGAAGAAUUUUGUCCGCAUCUCGGUCGGAAAACCUGAGCAAACGGACCUCUUGAUGAAAGCUCUCCAAAGCAUCCCUUAGAUUUCAGAAACAGGAAGUGCUGCUCACGAAGAUAUAUAUUCCCGUGUUACUUCGAUGCUGCAGUGGUACUGAUUCUUUACUUUUGAACUAAACCAUGUGGGAUGGUGACGUCAAAAAGUUUAAGCUCGAAGUCUCAAAAGGGUUCAUCUCUAGACCACCUCCUGGAUCGAAGCAGACCAUAUAGCAGUUGGUGAGCUUCAAGCAGCCUCAGAAUGUGAAAUCACGAAGAAAGCAAGUGGUAUUAGCACCUCCGACUUAUUAAAAGCCGCGCAUCUCAGUUCGUCGGAAGAUGUCAGAUCAUCAUGGAUUGCCAACGGG